GCUAAAACCAUCAACGCUACAACGUCCGGCUUGGGGGCCUUCUUGAGGAAAGGAGGCUUAUUUCUGGUUCUGAUGAACUUAGCUGGGCGUAUGGUCUCUGCCAUGUUGUGUUUCUAGCUAUCUUCACGGUAGAAAUGCUUGCGUUUUGAGACCAUCCAUAAUGACCGCAACCAAACGAAAGGCAGCUGAGGAAGCUCGGAGGCAGCUGAAGAGGAUACAUCUAUCUGAACCGGCAGGCCAAGAUGAAAUACACGAUUCCGACGCCAAUUGUGAUUCCUCUUCCGUCGUUGACGAGAUAGUAUGCUCGGAUGAUGAACUGCAUGCGACACCAUUGACGCCCUUUUCACCUGCUUCCUCGAAAUACCCAUCUGAGCUGAAGACUCACCUCUGUCCUUACUCCGGCUGCGACAAAGCUUUCAAUCGCCCGGCGCGGCUUACUGAGCAUAUACGUUCGCAUACCAACGACCGGAUCUUCGCCUGUACGUACGAAGGAUGCGAAAAGAGCUUUCUUCGAGCCUCUCAUCUCAAUCAUCAUAUCAAGAGUGCGCAUACCCUUAUAAGAGACUAUGUAUGUGAGCGUGAUGGUUGCGGAAAGGCGUUCGCUACAGGGUCAAGGCUUAGGAGGCACCUUGCAGCCCAUGAAGGGCGGGAUAAAUACACAUGCACUGAAAUAGCAGAAGGGAGUGGGAAACAGUGCGGAGAGUCGUUUAGGAAACAUUCCACUCUGUUGAAACAUGUUAUGACCGUUCACCUGAGGAAGAGGCCGUUCCCCUGCCAAGCUACACUUGAUUCAGGUGAGACUUGUACUGCUGCAUUUGAUACGGCAGGCCAUCUGAAAGCCCACGAAAGGAGGGUACAUGGAGAGGCACGGUUUACUUGCACGGAGUGCAUUGGCAAUGCAGGGCUGGAAGGAGAAACGGGAGAUGGAAAGGCAUAUAACUUCGCGACCUAUGCCCUGCUACAAUCACACAUGCGUUCCGUACAUCCUCCGACCUGUCCUAGCUGUGCCCAUAUAUGCUCAUCAGCAAAGGAUCUACGCCGGCACAUGGAAAUUUCUCAUGGGACAGUGACUGUGGAGGAUCGUCGGACCUAUCCCUGUCAGCACCCAGGGUGUGAACGCAGUUUUACGAAAAAAGGCAAUCUCAACGUCCAUGUCAAGACGGUGCACGAGGGCGAGAAGCGCUUUGCCUGCGGCGAGACCGACCUCUCUACGUCUAAGAAAGUGGGCGGGUGGAAUGGGAUGGAUGCUUGCGGGAAGAGGUAUGGAAGUAAGCUUGCUCUGGAAGAACAUGUGAGGACGGCACAUAUGGGAUUCCGGAAUGCCAGGGCCGAGAGGAAAGCCAGAGCUGGUGCUGCUCUUACGGCUACCAACACAUUGGAAUCUGGAUCAAAGCGUACUGGCCCAUCUAACGUCGCUCUGCUUACUGGCCAAGGAUUCCACCGGGACUAUGAUCUCUGGCUGCACAUGGGCGCAAAACACGGCAUGGAUGAGAACGAAGUCCAGCUUCUCUUUAUGCAGCGAGCCAUGCAAGGCGGGAAUGAGAGCUUUGACAGACCUUCAUUCGAGUAUGAGAUGGACACGAUUGGGAUGGGCGUCGACGAGAUUGGCACUGCUGCUGGUGAUGGUGGCAGCAGCAGCGGCCUUAUCGACGAUCUAGAGGGCAGAUAUACAUAUUUUCGACCCGAUGCUAGUGUCGAUGAGAUCAUGGCAAGCCACGACAGUGUCCAGGAACGGGGCAAGGACGAUCGUUUAGGCGGGUUGGGCGACCUUGUCGACCCGCUUCUGACGUACACCUGCCUGGAGUCGUGA